AUGGAAAGAAUUUGGAGUGUGUUGACAAUUCAUGUAAGAGGAAGAGACUUAGUUUCUAAUUCAGUUCUUAAGGGUUGUCUCCAUCUCGUGGAUUUGGCUAGAAGUGAGAGAGUAGAGAAAUCUGAGGCUGUUGGAGAGAGACUAAAGGAGGACCAACAUAUUAAUAAAUAUCUUUCUGCACUUGGCGACGUUAUCUCAGCUUUGGCGCAGAAGAGUCAACAUAUUCCUUACAGAAAUAGCAAGCUUACACAAGUUUUACAAGAUUCCUUAGGUGGUCAUGCAAAGACUUUGAUGUUUGUUCAUAUAAACCCUGAAGUCAAUGCCUUUGAGGAGACAAUUAGCACAUUGAAGUUUGCUGAGAGGGUUGCAUCUAUUGAACUUGGAGCUGCUAAAUCUAAUAAAGAAACCGGUGAAAUUCGAGAGCUAAAGGAAGAGAUAUCAAAUAUCAAAUUGGCAUUGGAGAGGAAGGAAACUGAAAUGGAGCAGCUGAGAUCUGGAAAUGCACGGACUGCGACGGAAUCUCAGAAAUCAAGAGCUGUUUCACCUUUCCGUAUGCCCAAAUAUAAUACCAGUGGAGGCAUGAAGCCUGAAACUAGUCAAAGAUCCUUUGAUGAUAGAAGCUCCGAGGCUAAAAACUAUUCUUCGGGUAAGCAAAGAAGGUCGAGAUUUCCCUCAACUUAUAUGGAAAAGGACUCCAUACCGAGAAUGUCUCUUCUUUUUAAAGAAAAGUCAGUUAGCUCAGGGAAGCACAAUAGAUCACCAUCACCUCCAAUCAGAAGAUCAAUUUCCACAGAUAGAGGUUCUGUCACUAAAAGCAAGAUCAAAAUUGACAAUAUAGAAAAUCAACCAAUUUUAAAGCAUCUAAUUCCAGGCAGAGUACCUGUAAACAAAUCUCUUGUUGCAAUGACACCAUCCACUGAACAUAACUCAAAUGUUUAUCUGCAUUCACAAGAGGCGGUGAAGCACGACAACAUUUCUGAACCUGCAUACUGUAAAACCAAAUGA